CGUGGUCUUGUGCUGACCAACAUGACAGUAAACAGUCCGCAGACAACACAGCUCGUGCCGAAGACGCCACACACUCUGCUCUGCGCCGACAGCAGUUAGCCCGCAGCGCUUGUUGCCCUGCCAAACACGAAGCAGUGUUUUUCUUCCCUGGAACCCGGGAGCCGCAGCGCCACUGUCGUGGCGAACACGAGCAUGGUGCCCGACAUGACGACGAUCGUGCUGGACACGACGACAAUCCUGCCCGACACCUCGACGGUCGUGCUCGACAUGGCGGCGGGCGCGCUGGACACGACGACGAUCAUUGUCGACACGACUAUGAUCAUGUUUGACACGUCGAGGACGAUCGUGCUCGACACGACCACUACAGUGUUCGACACGACGAAGACGACCGUGUUCGACACGACGACAAUCGUGUUCGACACGAUGACGAUCGUGCUCGACACUACGACGAUCGUGUUCGACACGACGAGGAUCGUGUUCGACGAUCGUGUUCAACAACCACGCCCGACGACCGCGUUCGGCACGACGACGAUCGUGCAGGGCACGAUGACGAUCAUGUUCGACAUGUCGACCAUCGCGCUCGACACGACGACGAUCGUGCCGGACACGACGACGAUCAUGUCGUCGGACACGACGACGAUUGUGUUGGAGACGACGACGAUCGUGCCGGACACGACGACUAUCGUGUUCGACACGACGACGAUCGUGUCGGACACGACGACGACCGUGUUCGACAUGACGACGACUGUGGUGGACACGACCACCUGUGCAAAUAAACGCCAUAAGGAAAUCGGGGAGAAAGGUCCGUGUCGUGGCCAAAUCGUGUCGUCAGCCCCUGUGAAGUCCAGAACAACAUCAACCAAGGAACCCGUUUCCUUCGUCCGGCCACCACGUUACGACUUCGACAUUCCAAGCCGGCCGCAAUAUUUUGAAGAUGAUGACGAGGAGAACAGCGAGGAGUAUUCAGAGCGCGAUGAAGAAUGCGAAGAACAUGAGGAGGGUGCCGAUGACAGAGGGGAGCAUGGGGAAGAAGCGAAAGUAGAGAGUGAGCAGACAAUCAGCGAGAGGGGUGGGCCAGGCGAAUUAAAGGGUGGUCUAGGGAUUGAAUAUGAGGAUGAAGGGCAAGAAGAGGAAACGACCGGCGAGGGAGGGUAUGCACAACGGCUCCCGUCGGGACAUGGGCAUUGGGGUGCGGAUCGAGGGCGAGGGGGAAUGCACCACGAAGUGACGGUCGUGUCGGCGCAUACCCAUGCAGCACGGCUGACUGAGAAGAAGAGGAAGAUCAGGCAAGAGAGGAGAAGUGAUUUGGACAGUAAGAGAACCAAGCAGGAGGGGGGGACCAAACAAGAGGAGUGUCACAAACGCAAGUUGAAACUGCUGCCAGUUGAUGAGGCGGUCCGGCGUACGCGGGAGGCUGAGGAGGCCAUGAAGAAAAAACGACAGCCAAGGAAAAAAGCAGCGAAGGGAGGUGUGAUGGAAAAAACUUUCGUUUUUCCGGCGGACCACCCACAGUCGGAUGAAGACGCUGUGGGCAAGACAUUCACCAGACCGCCCUGUUUGCAGAUUCUGUCGCCUGGGAAUUAUUCUGGUCAUCUGAGCAAAAACUUCUUCAUUGAGUUCGACGAGAAUGGUAACCAGAGGCCUGAAAUGCAGUUCAUUUCUGUCAAGUUCGACAGGAUUCUGGAUAUCCCUGCGAAGGAGUUCAGAUAUAAUCAACGCUUUCUCGGUCAGCAGCAUAUUGAUGACAUUUACGACGCAAUGGUUGAAUCCGGUGAGGCAGCUAUUAGAGAGAGAACGAUCGGAGCAGCCACGGUGAAUUUGUCGGGGAGAGAUGCUGUGAAGCCUGCCACAAAACAAGGUGAAUCGAGGAAAGCGCCGAGACCUGGACCCGGAUUCGAGUCGGUAAAAGGAGUCAGGGUUCCAGUGCACUGGAUUCAGGGUACUAGAGGACCUGAUUACCUCGUCGUUGUGCACGAUCCGGAUGUCAGAUCAUGGAAGGCUAUGUCUACGUUGGGGAGGCGUGAGCGGCUUCAACUGUUGCGAGACAUUCUCGCGGGCAGUGUCAUAUUGGCUCCAAAGCUUAGUAAAGUUGCUCACAUUGCCGGGAAACAUUCGAAGGAGACAUAUGUGAAAAUGGUGAAGCUCGAAAGAGCAAUGUUGAGAAUGUUUCACUACUUUGUCUUCAUUUCUGACCCUCACAAGCAGCCGUCAGAGUGGAAGGAACCAUUCUUCGACAACCUUUCUGAUGUGUUCGCUAGGUAUAGUGAUCAAGGAUUGACAUCCAAGAGGUGGAUCGACCAGCGACAGCAUUUCAAAGACAUGAGCUGGGUGCGAUCAUUUUCGACUACACUUGGAGGAGAGGACGAGAAAGGAGAAGAGGGCUUCAAGAAAACAAAAUCGCUUGCAGAGAAAUGCCCCGAAGAGUUCAUUCAAUUUGUCAACAAGUUGUUGCGCAGAUCCGAAACCGGGGGUUCGCGAAGCAUUCGUAUGUCGGGACAAGCGAAAUAUAUGCAUUUCCAGAAACAGGGCGUGACAUCUGUCCUCGUGCCGUUCCAAUGAGAACCGAGCGAUGUUUCAGACGAGAUGGAUUGCAAGGAGAUGUAUUGAGCCGUCAGACAUCUGACGUGCCAUACAGCCGUCCUGGAUUUGUGCCGCCCAACCCAGAUGGGUACGUGGACUAAACAAACGUUUGACGGACUC